AAUUCUUCUCUCCUAAUUCUAAUCAAUCCUCUGUUUCAAUCACAAACCUAAAUUAACUUAAUGGUCUCCUUCUCCUUCUCCAUUAAUUCUCUCCUUCUAGUUACAUCAUCCCUUCUUUCCCCAUCUUUCAUCGAUUCAGCCACUUUCACGAUCACCAAUAACUGCUCCUUCCCCGUUUGGGCUGCUGCCAUACCCGGCGGUGGCCGGCAACUCAACCAAUCCCAAACAUGGACCUUAAACAUGCCAUUAAAAACAACAGGCCGAAUCUGGGCCAGGACUGGCUGCGAAUUCAACGAGUCCGGUCAUGGUAGUUGCCAAACAGGGGAUUGCAAUGGGCUCCUAGAGUGUCAAACCUACGGCUCACCUCCCAACACUUUGGCCGAGUAUGCAUUGAAUCAGUUCAAUAACUUGGACUUCUUUGACAUGUCUCUUGUCGACGGGUUCAACUUGCCGAUGCAAUUCAGUCCCACCUCAAACGGGUGCACCUCAGACAUUCGGUGCACCGAUGAUAUCAUCGGGCAAUGUCCAAACCAAUUACAGGCUCUAGGAGGAUGCAAUAACCCAUGUACCGUAUUCAAGACUGACCAGUAUUGUUGCAAUUCUAGUAGAUGUGAACCUACCAGUUUUUCAAGAUUCUUCAAGGAUAGAUGCCCGGAUGCUUAUAGUUACCCGAAAGACGAUCAAACAAGCACUUUCACUUGCCCGGGAGGAACUGACUACAAGGUUGUUUUCUGCCCAGGUUCGGAAUCAAUAAAAACAAGAACAAUGUGCCCACGUAAUUCCACUAUAAGUAUUCCUCCUUCGGCUAAAAUAACAGUUGUUGCCCCUGCAUUCAAGAGUUGCAACAAACAGUUUUAUGUUUCCUUGUCAAAACAAUAACAAUUUAUGAUUUUAUGUUAAUGAAUUUUAUUAACUAUUUGUUUAAUUUCAUAUGCUUAAUUAAUUACAUGAUGAUAUUGGGAACU